AUGAAUAAAGAAUAUUUUCGUUUCUAUAUUAAAGUACGUACUACACUUUAUAUCGAACCGAUAGUUAUUUAUAAUGAAUUAAGUGCUGUAUUUGGUGAUGAAGGUCCUCCUCUUGGAACUUUUCAACAAUGGUUAAAAUGUGAACUUCUAUUAGCAAGUCGUAUGUUUUCGAUAACUAUCGUUGAACUUCUAAAUGAUCUUAGACACAUUCAAUAUCAAGAUUCAUUUUGUAUUUUUCGAUCUUACAUUGGUUACGUUUUCUGUGCUGGACAAUUUUAUUCUUAUUUAUUACAAGCAAACUAUCGUUAUAUGACUGCUGUUUACCCAUCUCGUUUAUCAUGGCAAUCAAAACGACUUCAAGUUUUUCUCAUCGGUUUAUCAUGGAUAUUUGCCUUUGUUUGUACUAUUCCACACAUGCUUACUAGUGAAAUACAAUACUACAUCGACGAUCAGUUAUGUGAAUUACCACUUCAUCUUUCUUUUAUAUCAAUCUAUAAUAUAGUUUGUAUAUAUUUAAUACCUAUGAAUGGUAUAAUAUUUAUUUAUUUUAAACUGAUUCAAUAUGUCAAAGAGAUUAAUAGCCGUGUAACACCAGCUAAUAUUUUAUCUCGUGCAAAAAGAGAAUUGAAAAUGGUUAAACGAAUAGUUAUACUUGUAUCAAUAGAAUUAACACUUGGUAUACCUUAUACAAUCUUUCUUCUUAUGGGAUUUAUUAACCAACCACCAAAAUAUUCUAUUCGUAUUGCCUUUUCAUUUGUUGAUGUUUCACUACUAUUUAUUAUGAUUGCUUUAUUUUUAUUUACCGAUCCAAUUAAAACAAUUGUGAUGAAAAAAUUGAAUCGAAGACCAGAUACUGAUAUAGUAGCAAUAACAUAA